UAUUUGCUAAUCCCGAUGCGUCACUGCACUGAAAGUCUGAAACCUUCUAAUCCCUCUGCUAUAAAAUCGCUCUGCUUUACUGCUGUUUUCUGGCAUUGCCUGUGCGCCGCGCUGCGCUGCGUACGUGACAGCAGAAGCGACGCGCGCGCGCGCGAGCGACACCAGAUGUUGCCGUCCAGGCCGAGAUCCGGGUCCUGGGGAGGCGGGACGCGGAGUUCUCCGGUGUCCACGCCGAGGUCUCGCCACGAGCGCAGCAAAUCCGUCGCCACCAUCUUCUCGCCGUCGUCUCCCGAGAGUUACGGCGGCGUCGUGAUGGAGAUGGAGGAGAAGAAGACGUCGUGCACGCUGCAAGAAGUCGAUGGGUUGCGGCAGAGCGACGGUGGCGUGGACAAGGAAGUGGUGGGCGGCGGCGCGGCGUGCUCCGACGACCGGGUGCGGCUGCUGGAGCGGGAGGUGGCGACGGCGAAGGCGACGGAGAUGAAUAUGCUGGAGUCGCUGAUACAGCAGACGAAGGAGAUGGAGCAGGCGAAGAUCGCUCUCGAGGAGGCUAAGCUCGAGGUCGCCACGCUGCGGCAGCAGCAGGGACGCGCCCCUGCCGCCGAGCCAGCCGCCGCCGCCCAGUGGAGCGUCAUGGACCUCAUGUUCGGCGGCGUCGACGAGGAGAUCAACGGGCUGAGGGCCAAGCUCCGGGCGGCCGUGCAGGCGGAGGAGAAGAGCAGGAAGGCGGCCGACGACCUCACCGCCGCGCUCUCCGCCGUCACCAUGGAGGCCAAGCAGGUGAAGGCGUGGCUGUCCGACGCGCAGGCCGAGCUGGAGGACGCCAACGCCGAGGUCGACCGGCUCAGGGAGUCGCUGCACGCCGCCGAGGCGGAGCUGUGGUCGACGACCGAGCAGCUCGACGGCCUCACGUCGGACUGGAAGGAGGCCGCCGUUUCGUGGCGCGCCAGGGAGAAGGUGCUUCUCGCGCGCGUCCGGGCGGCCGAGGACGAGGCCCACGCGGCCGGGCAAGAGAACGUCGAGCUCGCCGAGCUGCACCGGGUGGUCGACGACGAGAACGGCAGCCUGCGUCGCGCUCUGGAGCGCGCCGUCGAGGAGGUCAACGCGGCGAACGAGUCGCUCGAGCUCGCCACCGGCGAGAACUCCAAGCUGCAGGACGCCGUCGCGGAGAAGGAGAGCGCCAUGGAGGCACUACGUCAGGAGAACGAGAGCCUCAAGGCCAGCGAGGCCGAGGCGCGCGGGCGCGCCAAGGAGCUCGACGGCCAGCUCGCGGCAGCACGGAAGGCCGCCGAUCACGGUCAUGGCGCCGGCGAGCUCGCGGCGGCGGCCGACCCCUUGUCGUCGCUGCACAAGUGGAGGGGCGACAUGCAUGGCAAGCUCAGCGCCACAUUCCUGGACUCCAACAGGGUGAUGGCGGGCAGGAAGGACCGGAUGUUCGCGUCGCUCAGCAACAUCGCCGAGCUCAAGUCGGCGGCGGCCGCGGCGGCCAUGGACGACUUCGACUACGAGUUCGACCACUUCGACGGCGGGCAGUACGGCGACCUGGACCACGCCAUGAAGCAGAAGAAGAGGAGGUCGAUCCUAAGGAAGUUCGGGGAUUUCUUCCGGAGGAGAAGCUUGUACAAGCGCAACCUAGCGCCGGUGAUUCACUACUAGUAGAUUUUUACUACUUAGGUUGAUCUAGAUUAGAUGCUUUAAUGUUUUCGCGUGAUGCUUUGUAUGGUACGUGUUUGAUUGAAAUGAUUAGCAAAAAAAAAAACGCCCAAUAAAUGAAGAGAAACAUCAUCGUGUCA